AGGCUGCAGCUGGUGUGGGGGUUUAGGAGUAGUAGGAGAGAAGGUGUUAUUGUGUAUAUCUGUAUUUCUGUCUAUAACAAGAACUUUAUUUGUACGCUGCAAGUAAAGCUUCUUCCUAACAAAAGCUGUGGCAUUUAGCUGGCAUCUUAUUUUGCUUGUCAGGGUUACUGGCUUUCUCACAACUGCUGCCAACACAUUGAUCGCUCUUUCUCAUUAGAAGCGGUCAGCUUUACUGUACUGGGUCAUGCCCGUCAAGUCCGAGGCAGUUCAACGGUCCUCAGUUGCACAGCGGAACUCUCAUUCAAGAUUCCGUUUCAGAGGGGGAAAGUGUUUGCGUGAACACUCUCUUAUUCCCUCACGCAGGAAAGGAGAGGAAAUUUUGCGAGAUGCGGGCCAUGAAGUUGGGACUCUUCUGCAGGCAGGUCUUGCAGAGGCACAGUUUUGUUCCCCUUGUCUGUCACUGUAUCCAGUUAUCUUCUCUGAAAGCAUCACCUGUUGCCUUUAUAAGUACUCUUCAGCACCUGGGCUGCAGAUUGACUGGUAACAGUUCUCCUGGACUAAGUGAAGCGAACUUCCGCCUUCGAAGCUCUAAAACAGACAGCAGUGAAGGCUCUCAGAAGCUCUUACAGACUCUUGCCAUUUCCUCUGUAGAGCCAGAGAGACCAGCUGGUGCAGACCUCUUGAACUUGGGAAAGGUGGCAGAUCCAUUCUUAGACAUGGGGCUCAGCCCGGCUCAAAUAACACAAUUGUUCAGCUUGCAGCCCAACCUUCCUCCUCAGACAAGGUUGACUGUAGUUUCAGAACUCCUCCUGCUAGGAUUAAACACUGACUCCACCCUAAAAGUCCUACAGAAGAGCCCUGAACUGCUGAAAAUGUCAUUGAAACAUCUGAGGGACCGUGCAGAUCUGCUGAGGCGGCUCGGGUUUGAGGAAGCAGGCAUGAACCAUGUAGCGAUUCAUUUUCCAAGUAUUUUCACUUUGCCACAAAAGAAAAUUGAGUCCCUAGAACGUCUCCUUAAGGAAAAAUGCCUCUUCACAGUGCAUCAGAUAUCAACAAUUCUACAAAUGUGCCCGAAUAUUCUGUUAGAGGAGCUAAAUGAUGUGGAAUACAAAUUCCAGGUGCUAUGAAGAGAAGGCAAGCGGAUCCUUAUAAUCCUGCCAAAGACAGAGGGAUAUGGCUAUUUGGUGAAUACCUCCAGAACAAGGCAAAGGAGAGAAGGUCCAUAGAACUUGUUGGAGGGAUCUCCCUUUUUAUCUAAUCCAGUUAGCAGAAAUGAUGGUUUUGGAACCUAUGAAAAAAAAAUAAAACAUGAAGAUAAGCAUCUGGAUUAUGGGUGGAUGUAUAAACAAUGGCACAAGGUACUUCUCAAUUUUGCUCCUCACUGUUUGAAUUUUGAUUAAAAAGAUACUCCCUAUUCAUAUUUACAAUGGAAAUUUUUAGCAAACCAUUGUAAAAAAAGUGCCAAAGUUUUUCUAGUGAGUAGAUCUUUGAUACUCUUAAGCAAAGACAAUCCUGUUGAGGAAUUCUAUUGGUGUGGCUUUGGGAGCCUUUAAUGGAAAAAUUAUGGAGAGGAGAGGGAAGCUCUGUCUCAGUGAAGGGGCUUUGACAGCAAAACUGCUUUCCAUGAGCAGAAUCAAAAUACAAUAAAGGCUGCUUCUGACAUUUCAUUUGUGGAAGGAAGCAGGCAGGAAAUUGGUUGAAGACCAUCUUUGUAAUGAUAGAAAGGUCAAACAUAAGUAUAAGAUAUGUAUAAACACUCUGAAAGUAUUUUCUCAAAUUUUCUGAGAUGGUUGUGUGGUCAUGUCUAAUCCUUCUGGUACUAGAGACCCCCAACAUCUGGUUACAGUCAAAGAUCAAGGCAUUAUUUUCUUAUCUCACUAAUUCCUCUCAUAAAAUCUGUGGUAUUCAAUGCAUACUGCUACUUUUCUUUUACUAACAACUAGACCAGCUACCAGUAUUUUGAAGUUUCCUCACAAGGGAAAUGUAGUCGUUUUCUGCCAGGAAAAGACUUGGGCUCACCAUGGAUUGAGUGAGGUCCAGCCACUCAGGCCUGCUCACCUCAGAGAUCCUCAGUGGACCUGAGGGGGUGGGGAUCAAGGGGACAAAAAAUGCUGCCUAAAUAAACCUGGCACCAAGUUAUUGGAGCCCAAGUUAUUUUUUAUUGUAUGUGCAAAACUUUU